GGGCCGCGCUCUCGCGAUGCCUGGGCCGCGCGCUGAUUGGCUGCGGGGGGUUGAAUGUAAGAUGGCGCCCAGGGAGCUGUGAGGGGAAAAGACUCGGGGCCGAGGCGGCGGCGGCGCGAGGCGGCGACGGCGGCGGGGCCGGGAACGUUACAAGUCUAAGAGCUCAGGACAAGAGCAGCAGAAAUACAUGCAACAUGGUGACUGGAACCCUAAGGACCUUGCAAUAUGAAUAAUUCUCUGGAGAACACCAUUUCCUUUGAAGAAUACAUCCGUGUGAAGGCGCGAACAAUCCCCCAGCACAGGAUGAAGGAGUUUCUGGACUCCCUUGCUUCCAAGGGGCCUGAAGCUCUGCAGGAGUUUCAGCAGACAGCCACUACCACAAUGGUGUAUCAGCAAGGUGGCAACUGCAUUUACACGGACAGCACAGAGGUGGCUGGGUCUUUGCUUGAACUUGCUUGUCCUGUGACAACCAGUGUCCAGCAGCAAACUCAGCAGGAGCAGCAGAUACAGGUUCAGCAACCACAGCAAGUCCAGGUUCAGGUCCAGGUCCAGCAGUCACCGCAGCAAGUCUCCGCCCAACAGCUCUCUCCCCAACUCACUGUCCAUCAAGCUUCAGAGCAACCAAUACAGGUCCAAGUGCAGAUCCAGGGCCAGGCGCAGCAGCAGGCAUCCCAGACAAUACAGAGUCAAUCUCUUCAGAGCCCCAGCCCGUCUCAGCUGCAAGCAGCUCAAAUCCAAGUGCAGCAUGUGCAGACUGCCCAACAGAUCCAGGCUGCUGAGAUACAGGAGGAACACAUACAGCACCAGCAGAUCCAGGCCCAGCUUGUGGCAGGACAAGCCAUUACUGGUGGCCAGCAGAUACAGAUCCAGACAGUUGGGGCACUGUCACCUCCACCUUCUCAACAAGGCUCUCCACGAGAGGGAGAGCGGCGGAUCAGCACUGCUAGUGUCCUUCAGCCAGUGAAGAAACGCAAAGUGGAUAUGCCUAUUACUGUAUCGUAUGCUAUUUCGGGGCAGCCAGUUGCCACAGUGCUGGCCAUUCCUCAGGGCCAGCAGCAAAGUUAUGUCUCUUUAAGGCCAGACUUGUUAACAGUGGACAGUGCCCACCUGUACAGUGCCACUGGGACCAUUACUAGCCCCACUGGAGAGACUUGGACCAUCCCUGUUUACUCUGCUCAACCACGCGGUGACCUUCAGCAGCAAAACAUAACUCACAUCGCCAUCCCUCAGGAGGCCUACAAUGCCGUCCACGUCAGCGGCUCACCAACAACGCUGGCUACCGUGAAGCUGGAAGAUGACAAGGAUAAGAUGGUGGGAAGUACUUCGGUAGUGAAGAACUCGCAUGAGGAAGUGGUGCAGACUCUUGCUAAUUCGCUCUUUCCAGCACAGUUCAUGAAUGGCAACAUCCACAUUCCAGUGGCAGUGCAGGCUGUGGCAGGGACAUACCAGAAUACAGCACAGACGGUGCACAUAUGGGACCCGCAGCAGCAACAGCAGCAGCCCACGCCCCAGGAGCAGGGGCAACAGCAGCAGCAGUUACAAGUCACUUGCUCUGCUCAAACAGUUCAGGUCGCUGAAGUUGAACCACAGCCACAGCCACAGACUUCACCUGAACUUCUACUUCCAAACUCUCUGAAGCCAGAAGAAGGGCUUGAAGUUUGGAAAAGCUGGGCGCAGACCAAGAAUGCAGAGCUGGAAAAGGAAGCCCAAAAUAGGCUAGCACCUAUUGGAAGGCGCCAGCUGCUGAGGUUCCAGGAGGAUCUCAUCUCUUCAGCUGUGGCUGAGCUGAAUUAUGGUCUAUGCUUAAUGACACGAGAAGCUCGAAAUGGUGAUGGUGAACCUUAUGAUCCAGAUGUGCUCUACUAUAUCUUCCUGUGUAUUCAGAAGUAUCUCUUUGAAAAUGGUCGAGUAGAUGACAUCUUCUCAGAUCUGUACUAUAUUCGGUUCACCGAGUGGUUGCAUGAAGUUCUCAAGGAUGUACAACCUCGUGUCUCCCCUCUUGGUUACGUCCUCUCCAGUCACGUAACAGAAGAGAUGCUGUGGGAGUGUAAGCAGCUAGGAGCUCACUCCCCUUCCACCUUGCUCACUACACUGAUGUUUUUUAAUACAAAAUACUUCCUGUUGAAAACAGUAGACCAGCAUAUGAAAUUGGCCUUCUCUAAGGUGUUGAGGCAGACCAAGAAGAACCCUUCUAAUCCCAAGGAUAAAAGCACGAGUAUCCGCUAUCUGAAGGCUCUUGGCAUACACCAGACAGGCCAGAAAGUUACAGAUGACAUGUAUGCAGAGCAGACUGAGAAUCCGGAGAACCCCCUGAGGUGUCCAAUAAAGCUGUAUGACUUCUACCUCUUCAAAUGCCCCCAGAGUGUGAAAGGCCGGAAUGACACGUUUUACUUGACUCCGGAGCCAGUGGUGGCCCCCAACAGCCCUAUCUGGUAUUCCAUCCAGCCGAUCAGCAGAGAGCAGAUGGAGCAGAUGCUCACCCGGAUCCUGGUGAUACGAGAGAUUCAGGAAGCUAUUGCCGUGGCUAACGCCAGCACCAUGCACUAAGGCAUCCUUCUUGGCUCAGAAGGGGUGGGGCGGGGUGACGGGGGAGGGACAAGCAAAGAUAAAUUGUACAGACUUUUACACUAAAGGAGAUGCCUAAGUUUUUGGUUUUUUAUUGGUGUAGUUAUGAAGCCCUUUUAGGCUUCUUCUCUUUAAAAGAAUCUAAAGGAAAACCUACCCAUUGUGUAUCCUACCCAACACACCAAACUGUUGGAACCAUUGGAGGCUGCAUAUCCCCUGCAAGCUGGGAGCUGUGGAAAGCUGCUGGUUGACUCUGUUUUUUUUAUGAUGUAGAAAACAUGAACUACAGGAUUGGCCUGGAUGGCUGGGGCCUCUGUCUCCUCGGAGCCUGUACAGCCUAGAGGGCACAGAAUGAUGGAUGGACCUGCCCAGCCAGUGGAGGAGAGGCAGGCAUCUCUUCUUUUCUUGUGCUUGGACGUUAAUUUGCUGUUAUCUUGGAAGGAAGAGGAGAGAGUGAACUGCAAUUGUGAUUUAUAAGAAAAAAAAAAAAAAAAGCCCAACGAUUUCUAUUCAGACCUUUAAGUGACAUUUUUAGAUGUUAAAAGUACAAACUUUACCACGCUCUUCUUUUUUGGCCUGACAUUGAGGCCUUAAACCUUGAGGCUCCUGUGCCUGAUGGAAUUCUUGUAACAUACACUUGUGUAUCAUAUAAAGAUACCACCCUGUUUCUCUUAUGUAUUCUUACUCUAGUUGUUUAUUAAGAAUGACGAGCACGUCUUUUCAACAUGCCAUUGAACAAUGUGUCUUUAUUUGGGGAAGAGUGAGCUGUGAGGGUGGGGGGGCAUUAUACAAAGAUCAGUAUGCAAUCUGGUUGUUUUCAUCCCUGUUUGUGCUUUCCAGCUUGAGUCCACUGGACUCCUUUCACCCCUGCAAAUUAGGAAGGUAGAAGGGGAUUAACUUCUGUCGAAGGACCUGGAUGUCUGCUUGCUGAUGGAAGCUUAGUGUCAGGCUAGGAACAUGGAAUCUGCGAUACCAGAUCAGACCGUCGGUCUGUCCUGGUGUUCUGUGGCCAGCGUGUGAGGCUUCACUCCUAGGUAAAUCCUCCUCUCCCCACUUUUACAAAUGCAGUGCGCUAGCUGCAUGGUGGAGGGGUUCUGGAGGGGAAAAGGCCUGCCAGGAGCAGCAUGUGGCUCACUCCUGCCAUGUAAGAGCUUUUUCACAGUUUUUAAUGCAGCUGUGUAGCUUCAGGCAUUGUUCAUGAUCAUAAACCCAACCCUACAGCCUUGCUGCAUCUUAAAUGGUUGCUGUAUUUUAUAUCAUUAACAAAUAGUCUGCUCUUUUGAGGCCAGCAGGUAGCCAGUUGUGCUUGAAAUGGGAGAUCGCUCUAGCCAGGCUUGUUAUUUGUGCCACCAGCUUCUUGGAUGUGGAGAGGUGACUCUGCUUCUUGAACUUGUCUUCCCUGCUUCUCCAUCUCAUAUGUCCCUUCCCCAUUCCAAAAUAUAUAUAUAUAAAUAUGUACUACAGUAAAAGAACUUAAACUUGUGUACAGGCAAACAACUUUUUUGAAGCUUCUGUUGAGCAGCACCUGUCUGUAUUGCAAAGGGAGGUCUGUCCUCCCUGGUUGCUGUGUGCGGUGUAAAUCUGCACGUAGGUUAGGUUAGACCUUGACUCUGGGAGUAGCCAUAAUGUUGCCUGCCUCUGUGCUCUUAAUCAGUGUAGAAGUGUGUGGGCCUGGAGACUUCAAGCUUGUGGUGCUUCAUGUUGACGUCGGUGUUUAUGAGAAAGCAGACGUGUGUAAGUUGGUUGUGAAGAUGAGCAGUUUGUUCCCUAUCUAGGUCUGUGCUCAGAUAAGUGCAGAGAGGUAAGGUAGCAGGUAGCUGUUGCUUACUAAUACCUGCACUCUAAAGUAAACUUCUAGCUUAGUCUCCCACCUCAGUUAUGUGAGGGGAAAAUAGUGUCAGGUUGGUACCCACAUCCCAGUGGGAAUGUUAGGAGGGUAGGGCCAAGCUCUGUGUAGUGCUGGCAACAUGUAGCCUCCACUCAGUUCAGCUGCUGGGAGCCAUCAGUUGCCUCCUGGUAGGGUGACUUUCAGGAUCAGUAAUCUUACUUCAGCUGUAAGAAGUCUACAAUCCCUUCCCCAUAUUUUAGUGGCUGAAAUGUCCAUCUCUGGCCCUAACUUAACUAUUUAAGGACAUGGUUAGGGGCUAGCUCCCACUGUUCCAAGCAGCUGGGUGUGCUUGUUGCUCAGGAUGCCUAACAGGCCUGCACAGGGUGGAUUUCCCAUUCUUUUGAGCAGUUUGUCCUGUCUUCUGAACAGAGAUGUGAUAACGUGAGAGAAACUGCAGACUAAAUGCCUGUGUCCAAGUCCCUCUGUGUGCUCUGCAAUACUGCAUGUGAAAUUAGCUCCAGUGUGCCUGGACUUCAGUGUGAGCCUGCUGCUUUGUCUAGCUCCACUGGAAACAGGGGGUUUUAAACUCGUCUGCCAGGUACUAAGUGUGCAAGUCACUUCAUUAGGUGGCUUUGGGAGUCACCUCUUAGGCUAAGAAUUGCCAGAACCUGGAAUGACUUGACAGAAUAUUAGGGCAGUUUCAGGUUAGGGCUGAGCAGAUACGAUAGCUGAGCUAUCUGGGGAAACAAAAUUCCACAUUGCCUAAAAAUUCUAGAUUGUGCUCUUUACUUACUACUGUUAACAGCAAAAUGAUCUAAAAUAUUAGAAGGGGAAGAAUUCUGCUUGAUCUUGAGGAGUAUAGCUCUUAAGAGUGGGGGAACUUGGCACAUAGUGAGCUGUGGAGAUCUCUUAGUGAUUGGGUUUGUCCUGACAAAUGUUUCCAUUGCUUUCUCGUUCUUCUGACAUAUGUAGGAGAUGAAUUCAUUGACUUGAAAGUGGACUCGUGUACUGUUUUGUACUGUCUCAUCAAAACGUCCACUGUUAGUUUCAUUCCCUAUUUUUAGAGACAAUCGAUAUACUGUGACUUAAGGAUUUUUUUUCUGGACGUGGCUUCUAGUCUGGCUCUCUGGAGCUAGUUGAAAAGGUACAGUAUUUCUAGAAUAUAAAUACUAUGUUCUUUGAUAGUGAAGAACAUGAUCUGUUCCCUUUUAGGGACUCAUAGGAAGACGAAGACAUGUGCACAGAGUAGCACAGACGAGUGCUGUGGCUUAGGGUUGCUGUCCAAGUUCUGGGAAAUGUUCCCAGUCAAAUGUGUAAAAUAGCUUUUUAACACUUUCCUAUAACCAGCUUAUUUGACUGCUGCUUAAAGGGCAUUCCACCUAGGCCCCAAGAGUGCCAAAUUGCUAGCUGUUGUAUGCGUGUAUAUAUUAAACAAGAACUCUCCCUGCCCUUUGCCCUGUAUGAGACGGAGGCUGAAAACGCAUCAGUCUCUAAACUAAAGCUGAGAAAAGGCAAACUAGAGACCCUGCAUUGUUGGUUUUGAACUAUGCCCAUCUUGUCUCUGUGGUAUGAAAGGAACUGUAGAAAGCAGAGUAUGACUGACUAUUGUAAAGCAUCUCACAUUCUGACUGUAGACUUGUGUAUUGUCCUGUCUCUUGACACUAAUAGUGUUGCUUUCCUACAGUAACGUGUAGCCUCUUACACACUUGUCCACAGCACCAUUAGAUUUUCAUUUAUUUUUGAGAGUUCAAGCAUUUUCUUUAAGUGUUAAUGGCUGAAGCAGUGGAGAGCAGACUAGAGAGUUGUUCUUCACUCCUGUCUAGAGUGGCGAGUGAAGGGAACAGUCUAAGUGUAACUUAAUAGGGUUGUCAUCUGUUGGCUGCUUCACCCCUAGAGACCUCCUGGGCUUUAGAUAGGAGACAAGGUCUGAAGCAGUUCCUAAACUAUUCUGCCUUGGACCAGUGGAGGGGGGAGUGGGGGGGAAAUCAGAUCCCUAAAUAAGAGACCUUUUUCCACACUAUUGCUCCUAGGGCAGAAAUUAAGGCAGUCUUGUUCUCAACUAUAUCAAGGCUACUUACUGUCUGCCUUGGUGUAUUUAGAAUGGAUUAGGCCAUCUUAGUCUCUGAUGCAGUGAUAAAAGCAGAUCCAAAAGUGGUAGAAAAGAGCCCUCUGAGCAUAUGUGGGGUGGAAGGCUUCCUGAUACAGUACUUUCUCAUCCUCUUCCUUUUCUGGCCGAGUGCUGCUAAACACUAACUGACUCUGCACAGUCUAACCAAACUGCGCUCUCAUCCAAGUUUAAUGGCGACUUACUUGCAAUUAGUGUUUGGACUCUUAAAUCACUGUUAAAAUGGGAUAUAAACUGUCUUCCACCCUAUAUGGGGCUUUUCUCCCCAUCUUCUUGCUGGAGCUGCUCCUCUCUUAAAUACUACAGGGAAUGCAUCUUAUCCUACUGUUUCAGCCUGUUCCAUUUCAUUGGUGCCAAUGCAUAGGAAAAAGCCCUUCUCAACUGCUGGCAGUGCUAACUCAAGCAUCUUCCUAUCUAAAGAAGUAUCUCAAAACUUCUUCUGGAAGUCUUAUUGACAUGCUGCCCAAAAUCUCUGAAGCAAUUGCUGUCCCCCCCUACUUGUUGGUUCCCUUCCGUUGUGUGGCUGAAGCUCAGCUCGCAGCAUCGCAGACACCUUGUGCAUGGCAGCCAAGUUUGCCUGCUUCUCUGUGUCCUUGUUUGAGCUCAUCAGGAUGGUGAGGCAGAUUGAACCCACUUAAAGCAGCAAUAAACUGGGUCUAGAACUCAAGAGGGAAGUGCAGGAGAGAACAGGGUGGAGGGGAUGCCUCAGAAAGGCAGGGUCUAGUUGCAGCCCAGAGCCUCGCUUGAUAAUGAGUGUGCAGCCUAUAUGCAAAAAUGUCUUGUCUGUCCCUCCCGUGUUGACCCUGGUCUAAACAGCACAUGUGAUUGGCAUCCUGCAAAGUGACCUUCAGAACUCUCCAGUAGCUUUGCCCCGUGAGUAACUCACACUACAAAUCAUUUUAAAGAGAUGCACUCAACUAUUUUUUUAAUUUAAUUUUACUCUUAUAUUCUCUGCUCUUUGUAAUCUGCUUGGAAAUAAAAUGUUUUUCCCUGCA